AUGGUCGAGUUGUCAAUCAAGGCUAAAGAGUACGAUUUGGCAAGGUCAUAUUACGAAGAGCUUCUUGGGAAGUAUCCCGAGAUGGCCUCAGACGUCGCCUUGAGAGGUCAUAUAGCUUUGCCAAUGGCCGAAGCCGGAGACUGGGAUGGCGUGUUUAAUGCUUUCGUCGAGAUGCAGACUUUAAAGCGUGGACAAGAAAAUGAAUAUGACGACGCUUUCAUCCCAAUCUUAAAAAUAUUCGCGGAGAGCCAUCCAGUUGCCGAGGUCCGCGAAUUUGUAUCGAAGUAUACCAGCGUUCUAGGGGUACGCAUGCAUCGGUAUAUUGUCACGAUGGUAGCAAACAAAUACGGACAAUGCCACGACAUGCCAGGCUUUGUGGCAUGGUUACAAUACUGUAGCAAAGCUGGAUAUGCCAUGGAUUCAAGUUUCUGCAAUUCACUCCUCCACAACUGCCGGACUAAAUGGGCUAUGCCCUACCAUGAACUACGAGCCCUCUGUUCUGAAUUCAAAAAGAUCGACGCGUCCCUCGUCGACGACGUAACCCAACGCAUAUUAAGUCAAGCUGCGCUAAGGGUCGGCAAAACCUCCAGGAAUGGUGGAGUCAACCGAGCACUGUGCCCAUCUCAUAUUGCGGUAGAUAAGUUGGCGUACGCUGGGAGGACGACCAAUAGGCGAGACGUCUACGAAGCAAUGAAUCAAGAAAUAAGCAAUAACAAGCCAGCGACGGCGAUUUCGAUCUACCAGCGUGCCCUAAAAUACGGGAUGCCUCCUUGCCCGCACUGCCUUCGCCUAGCUAUAUUAGCGACACUGAAGAGUAGCAAGAAUGCCUCUACUUCUGCGAUGAGAUUGAUUCAGGCUGCACACAUACGUGGCGAUGAUGUGAGCUCAGCAGUAUCAGCAUUCAUCAAAUUCCAGCUCGAUAACCUUCAGGCGGGAGCAGCGGACGUUCUGCUUCACAUGCGGAAUCUGAUUACUCAAUUUGAAGCAUUGCAUAUCGUUAUCAGUCCAGAUGUGCUCACCCACAUGGCCAUGUUCUGCGUUAAGCUAGGCCACUACGAAAAGGCGGUUUCGCUAUGCAACCUGGCAGUGGACAAGAGCGGGGCUGGGAAUCUCUGCUUCUCAAGGCAGUGCUUCAGGGCACUGCUCAUGUCCUACCCGAAACUGCAGGAUUUGAAAGGGAUGGAGCAAUUAAUUAAAGAUUUACUCAAAAGCGAGUAUGCUGCAGACAGAUCUGUAUAUAUGUAUCUGAAAGCGACUACGAGACUAGUCAAGAAAAUGAACCCCGAUCGUACUAUCGAUGCUAUAGUAGAUAUUCUAGAGUAUGCUAAGGAGGAGGUAGCGAGACGGCGGGGAGAGACCAGGGCGGAAAGUCAACAUAUCGCCAAGGAGACUCUUAAAAUCAUGAACGAAGCAUUGGCGGACAUGCAGGCGUCGGAAAGUGGUAAAGGCUAUAUAAGCAACAGUGGCAACAAUCCUUACGAAAAGGCAGCGGUCCUUUAG